ACUGCAAAAUCCAUUCAUCUAUCUCUGUCUUCCAUGGCUCUACAAAAUGGAGAAAAAUGUGAGGUUGGGUCCUCUAGCUCAGGGCUAAUUAGGGUAGUUUUGUUGCUAAGGGUGGUUGCAUUUUUUGCCACAGCAGCUGCAACUAUUGUGAUGGCUCUCAACAAACAAACCAAAACCUUUGUGGUUGCUACCAUUGGGAGUAACCCUAUAAGCGCUACUCUCACUGCCAAGUUUCAACACACCCCAGCAUUUGUGUUCUUUGUGGUAGCAAAUGGAAUGGCUAGCAUCCAUAACUUGCUGAUGAUUAUCGCUGACGUAUUUGCUCCAAAUUUUGACUACAAAGGACUACGCCUUGCCAUAAUCGCCAUUUUGGAUAUGAUGACAGUGGCUCUGAUAUCAGGAGGGGUGAAUGCAGCAGUAUUCAUGGCAGAACUAGGGAAGAAUGGAAAUUCACAUGCAAGGUGGAAUAAAAUCUGCGACAAAUUUGGAAGCUUCUGUGAUCGUGGAGGUGGAGCCAUCAUAGCUUCCUUUGUUGGCCUUCUGUUCAUGCUACUCAUUACCGCCCUGUCCAUUAUCAAGCUUCUCAAACCCAAAUCUCAUCAUAAUUGUAGUUCAUUAGUUCCAUGAUGAGUUUUUAUUUGGCAAUAUUUGAAAUUGGAAUGCGAAACGACUGUAAUAUAAUUACUUCUUAAUUAUUAUGUUUUACUUUUUUAAAUAAUUAAUUAAUAAUGUCAAAUUCUCAAA